UUGUGUGUGCUUGCAGUUCGACAGUGUGUAGUGCACCGCUGCUCGUCUCACUUCUACAAAUGGCAGGCAGAAAGAGAGACUGGCCCAGGGCCGCAAUGCAAGUCGGGCGGAGGCAGAACUUGAACCCUGGCCCUGCAGAUCAGAUUUAUUUCCACUGCAUUUGACCUCUCUGGCUCCGUGUGUGGUGUGUGUGUGUACAAACAAGGCUGUCCUCUCUGGUCCCCCUUCCCAAAGUGUUGGGUCCUAAAUGCCUCCCCCGCCCCUUGGGAUGCUCUUCCUGUGCACCCCCAGACCCUCCACCCUGCUGCUUCUCUCUCCACCCAGCAGCCCACCUUUCUCCAUUGGCUGACUUGAGCCCUCCAAACCCUUGCCUGCCUUCUCAUUGGCUGCCCUCCCAUAUCCCCCCCCCUUCAGCCUCACUCUUAGUGGCACCCACAGACCCCAGCACCCUCCCCGUGUGUCCCUGGCCAUCCUCCCUCUGCUGUGUGAUUGGCUGCUGAGCCAGAGGCACUGGUGGGGGCUGGCAGGUAGAAAGGAGAGGUGUGGGGAGGGAGAGCUGCCGCCGCUUCCCACUUCUGGUGCUACCCACGGCCAGCAUGAGGUCUCCCCAGCUCUGCUUGCUGCUCCUGACGGUCAGCCUGGUGCCUGGAACGGGGCUCGCAGCCAGCACCAUGGAGCUUUUCCAAAGUCCUGAGGGUAGCAAGGACUCAUCCUCUCCACCCAGGACUCGUCUGGAUCUGAGGGCGAUACCCAGCAGCAGCCUGCACCAUCCUCACCCAGCUGGCGCCCAGCAGCCGUCCUUCCGCCCGGCUGUUCCUUGGCAGGCCCCUCGCCAGCGAAAAGCUGGUUGCAAGAGCUUCUACUGGAAAACGCUGACCUCCUGUUAGCCCGCGUCUCCAGCCGGGAGUGCUGCUAUUUGGGGUGGCGGUGACUCCCUGUUCAAAUGCUGCUUCACUCUGACCCUUGUGCUGCCCCGAUGUGGUGCCUGAAAGAGCUGAUUCCCCCCCCCACACACACACACACCCCACUGUCCUGUUGCAAUGAGGCAUUCUUCUUGCUCUUUGCAAGGAUUAUGUCAAAUCACGUAUCCAGCCCAAACAGCUCAGCUCACCUCCUCGCCUUCCACCUCCCCAAAUCGAUGGAGGCCACAAAACACAAAUAUCAUGUGCCCUUCAAUGUAACCUCCCUCCCUCUGCUCCCCUCCACCCCAAAGCUGGUGUCCAUGGAUGUGCAGAACUGGUAGUUUUCGUAGAUGGCGUCUUUCCUCUUUGCUCAGAGUUGAAGGGGGCUCUGUCUCCGCCGGAGCCUCUGAACCACUUCUGACUUGGGGGACCUUGUCGCCUGUGGGCUGCCUCAAUAAAGCAAUCUGUUUGCACUCAC